ACGCUCUUUCACUGUCAGUGUUUUUUUGUUAUUCCUACAUUACACUUCAUUCUCGGUGUACAUUUUUACCAAAAUAGAAUUUGUCAAUUACUUUUUAGCGCAUUUUUAACUAAAGAUAUACAAAAUGUCCCGAAAUUAUACAUCGCCUUACGCCAAACCAGUGCAGCAAUAUAAAUCUCAGACGGAUGAUUACAUAUCACUCGAAGUUGGUGGACCAGGAAAGUGUUCUACUCCAGCGCGGGCGUAUUAUAAUAACAGUAAUCCCAAAAGUGGCAAUGGUAAUUUUUAUCAAAAUAAACACAGGGGUCGUGGUUUCCAACAAAAUCGGUUUUCCGGUGGCUGGUCAAACAACCGACACAGUAAUGGUGGUUAUGGUGGACAAUGGCAACAACAGACACCACGCAGUGGUAAUACAGCCGAGAGGCAAUGGCGUGGUGGCGGGCAGAGGCAACAAAAUAAUAGACAAACUUUUAAUAAUCAAAAUAAUAUAACGGCAUAUGUGCAUUCAUCCAUGAUCGAAGAUCCUUGGAAAGACCUGAUCGAGAGAAGAGAAGCAAUAAGACGUAGUGAAAUUAAUUUAUCUACAACCGCGGAUCAAAAUGAAGAAGUUCUUUCAGAUUCGUUAAGUAGAGAUGACAGCGAAAAUGAUGAUGAAAGCGCUGAAGACAAGAAUAAAGUUGUAUCAGGGAAUACAUAAUUACAUAUGUAUAAAAAACCAACUAAUUUAUGUUUACUAAAAAUUAGUAAAAUUAAAUUUAAAAUCUAAGUUUUAAAAAUGUUUGAUUUUAUACUUUGUAUACAUGGUCAUUGUAUGUUCCAUUGUUUGUGUAUAUAUACAUCAUGUAAGAAACAUUAAUAAAUUAUAGAAAUACUUAAGGGAAA